GAAAAACAUUGGAUGCCACAAUGCAGACACUGCAAGACAUGCUGACCGUGGAAGAUUUUGAUGUCUCAGAUGCUUUCCAGCACAGCCGCUCAACUGAAUCCAUCAAAUCGGCUGCUUCCGAGACUUACAUGAGUAAAAUAAACAUUGCCAAGAGAAGAGCCAACCAACAAGAAACUGAAAUGUUCUACUUUACUAAAUUUAAAGAGUAUUUGAAUGGCAGUAAUCUUAUUACUAAGCUACAAGCUAAGCAUGACUUACUGAAGCAGACUCUAGGAGAAGGUGAAAGAGCUGAAUGUGGAACAACUAGGCCCCCCUGUCUUCCCCCUAAGCCACAGAAAAUGAGGAGACCUAGGCCUCUCUCAGUCUAUAAUCAUAAACUCUUUAACGGCAAUAUGGAAACAUUCAUUAAGGAUUCGGGACAGGCAAUUCCACUUGUGGUUGAAAGUUGCAUCCGUUAUAUUAAUUUAUAUGGUUUACAACAACAGGGUAUUUUUAGAGUUCCUGGAUCUCAGGUUGAAGUCAAUGAUAUCAAAAACUCAUUUGAAAGAGGUGAAGAUCCCCUUGCUGAUGAUCAAAAUGAACGUGAUAUUAAUUCUGUUGCUGGGGUCUUAAAAUUAUAUUUCCGGGGACUGGAAAAUCCACUCUUUCCUAAGGAAAGGUUUCAGGAUUUGAUAUCUACUAUAAAAAUUGAAAACCCUGCUGAAAGAGUACACCAGAUCCAGCAAAUUGUUAUCACCUUGCCACGAGCUGUCAUCAUUGUAAUGAGAUACCUCUUCGCUUUCCUUAACCACUUGUCGCAAUACAGUGAUGAGAACAUGAUGGAUCCCUACAAUCUAGCCAUCUGCUUCGGGCCAACUUUGAUGCAUAUUCCAGAUGGGCAGGAUCCAGUGUCCUGCCAGGCUCAUGUCAAUGAGGUCAUCAAAACCAUCAUAAUCAAUCACGAGGCCAUCUUCCCUACCCUCAGGGAACUGGAAGGACCUGUUUAUGAAAAAUGCAUGACUGGUGGGGAAGAGUACUGUGACAGCCCACACAGUGAACCUGGCACUAUUGAUGAAGGAGAUCACGACAAUGGCACAGAGCCACACACCAGCGAUGAUGGGAUGAUGCCUUUUCCGACAGCCUUAGCCAGAAGGCAGACAGUGAAGCAAGCAGUGGACCUCUGCUGGAUGACAAAGCCUCAUCUAAGAAUGACAUACAGUCACCAACAGAUCAUCUUCCAGACUAUGGAUUUGGAGGAGUAAUGGGACGGACAUUGAAAAAACCAUGAGCACAGCCCUGAAUGAGCUGCGUGAGCUUGAAAGGCAAAAUACUGUGAAACAAGCCCCCGAUGUUGUCCUGGACACUCUUGAACCAAUGAAGAACCCGCAAAUUGGUUCGGUUAAUUCUGAACCCGCCAGUCCCCUUCAUACCAUCAUGAUCAGAGACCCUGAUGCCGCUAUGAGGCGGAGCAGCAGCUCAACCACUGAAAUGAUGACGACAUUUAAACCUGCUCUCUCGGCUCGGCUUGCAGGAGCGCAGCUGAGGCCCCCGCCCAUGCGUCCCAUCAGGCCUGUUGUCCAGCAUCGAUCAAGUAGCAGUAGCAGCUCAGGAAUGGGGAGUCCUGCAGUGACACCCACAGAGAAGCUCUUUCCUAACAGUUCUUCAGAUAAAUCUGGCACAAUGUAGCUCUCGCAAAAGGAGAAUUCUUUGGGAAAAUGAUGGAUCAUUCUGAUCUUCAUUUCUUAUGAGAAGGAAGCAGUAUGAUUGUACAAAUGAUAUCCUUAGAAGAAAAGACAGGGAAAACGUGACUUUUGUAAAAAAAAAGACGAGAUUUGGGAUUGUAGAAGUGGUUUAAGGAUUUACAUAUAUAACAACAUUGCUGAAAAUAUUUGGUACUACCCAUUGUCAUCUUACGUAAUUACCACUGGAAUAUUCAAGCCUGUCUAGAAAUAUAUAUGAAACUUUAUGUAGCCCAGUAACAAUUUAAUAGACUUACCUCACCCUUAGGUAUCUGCUAGAGUGUGUUUUUGCCUGUGUGUGUGAAUUACACAGCAACUAUACAUCAAGCAAUAGACUAUUGAUCAGUUUGUGAACUGAAUUUUCGUAUCAGUGCGGUUUGGCUUUAGAGUUGCAAAUGAAAAGAAACACUAGUUGUACUGGAAAUGCUGAAUUUGUUUGGUGGUGAUGAUGAUGGUCAAUUCGGUUCUCAUAGAUGGGUGGAUUUCUGUCUUCAAAUUCAUCUCUUAAGGACUGCUUCAUUGGAAUAUGGAAACUUGUCAUUUUCUGGUUGAAGAAGUAUGCCAGAUGUGGAUGCAAACAGUAAAAAGUGGUACAAUUUCCCCUUAUAUAAAAGGGAAAUCUAGGAUGUUUUGUAUGUACUUCAUGUUGUAGCACAGUAUUACAUGUGUACAAAAGAAAUUCAACUCCCACUGUUUUCAAAACAGAAGAGGACUUUAACCUUUGGUUGAUAACAAUAAAUAAAUAGGCUACCUUA